UGUCGGAGGAGGUCAAAUAAUUGCCUCUCUCCCGGGUGUGACACUACCUCCCUCGCCUGUUCCGCGUCAGUUUGUACUUUAUUGCAUCUCCGCUCUCGUUUUCAUUUCGUUUGACGUCUUUUCGGAUUUUGCCUCAGUUCAUUGUGCGGGGGUGGGUGGGAGGACGCGCUGAGAUGAUUUUCAUCAGAAUCAACCAAUUAAGGCAAAAACGGCCAACAUUACGAGCCCGCGUGAAAACAGCGUGUGGCCCAUUUUCUGCUUGUUCAUUCACCCCUCCUGCCAACUACUACCGAGUUAGGUGACAGAGUUGUGACCCCGCUGUUUGCUUCUUUUAAAAAAAUGGGUUGGAGAAUCAUUGGGAAACUUAGUGAUGAUGCGGCACCGAUAAUGCUAAAUUUGAACAAGUGUCCUUAUUGAUUGUAUUUGUGAUGGAGGGAUGUUUUAAGGAUCCCCAUUGGAAUGAAGUGAAGUUAAAGGUGCUGUGUUAAAGUCAUAACUCCUGUACGUUGAGACAGACAUGGUGGGGGAGGCGGUAGGGGAGGAUGGGUUAAAAAUGCAACCUUUGAAAACUGUCGCAACCUUCCAAUUCCCCGAGAUUCCCCUCAAUCCUGUCGCGGUGAGCUUCGGGAUAUUUUUGCAAUGUUUGCAACUAAGACCCUGCCAGUACCUGAGCAGCCGUCGGCGCGCAUCCGAAAGCGAGGGAGAGCAUGAGAACCAAGUGUUGAGUGUAUCUAGGAAUAUUCCACGUUGCAGAUGAUUGACAAAAACACCGUGCUAUCCGUUCUGUCCGGCCGAUUCGGGAUUAACGUGACGUCACGCUGAUACCUUUCCCUGGAUGAGGAAAGGAAGGAGAGUGGCAAAUUCUAACCGGCAGUAGCCUCUAGAGCAGGCUUGCACUUCCGUCCGGUUUUUUUUUUAACCCUCUUCAGCUACAUUUCAUCCAUAAACCAUGCCUUAAGAUGAACACCCCCGGUAAGCUUUGAACUGCCAGUGUACGGCGCCUUCCGAUUUCUAAACUGGAAUCCUUUCUAAUGAAGUCAAAGGCCAUGUAUCGGGGAGAAGGGGCAUCCUGAACUAGGAUUUGCUCCCCAAACUAUCAGGAGGAAAUCUUCCUAUGGUGGCACAGGGAGCAGUGAUGUCGUUCUCUCAAUUUGGAUAUCCCUACAACACAGCGUCCCAGUUCUUCGUGUCGGCCAGUCCCGGAGCGACGUGCUGCGAAGCCGGCUCCAGACCUGUGACUGAAGGGUGCGCCGGGCCGGCCCAAGCUGCUGUUUGCUGCCCUCCCUAUGAUAACAGAUUGCUGACCAACGCCAGGACUGAGAUUAACGCGGCGGCCGCGGCCCUGGGCAUGUACAGCAGCUCUCCCUAUGCAACUGCAGCCAGCCAGGGCUACGGGAACUAUUUGGCGUACAGUACCGACUCUUCAGCCUUGUACUCCUCCCUGAAUUCCCAGUAUGAAAUUAAAGAUGGCACUGGGAGUUUACACUCGGGAGUUGCUGCAGCAGCUACCUACUACCCGUAUGACCACUCCUUGGGGCAGUACCAGUAUGACAGGUGUGCCACCAUGGACUUCAGCAGCAACUCUCGGCGCAAAAACGCGAGCCGAGAAACCACCAGCACUCUGAAGACUUGGCUUCACGAGCACAGGAAGAACCCUUAUCCCACCAAAGGCGAGAAGAUCAUGUUGGCCAUCAUCACCAAGAUGACUCUGACUCAAGUCUCCACUUGGUUCGCGAACGCCAGGAGGAGGCUGAAGAAGGAGAACAAGAUGACCUGGUCUCCGAGAAACAAAGGGGGGGAUGAGAAGAAAGAGGACAGCGAGAAAAAAGACGGGGACCAAUAUAGUGCGGAGAGCGGGGCGAAAGAUGAGAAAGAAUAUGGAGAUGACAAAGAGUUGAGACUGAGUGAUCUGGAGGAUUUGGACGAUGAGGAAUCGGGAAAAGUGGACCAAGACAAGGCCCCAUGCGGCCCCAGGCAAGCGCUGGUGGAGGGAAGUGACCGUAACGUGUCGCCUCCAGGCAAUCCGCACACAUUCUCCUGCUCGAAGGGUGAUUCCAGCCUCGCCCCACACUUUCUAGAAACCAUCAGCAAUAAGCCACCAGUUUCUAUGGCAGGCACCAGUUUCCAGCAGCGCUUUGGGACAGCAGAGAAGCCGAGAAUUUGGUCUCUAGCACAUACAGCAGCCUCCAACACUCUGGUGGCUUGUGAGAGCGGCCAGUCGCGGACAGUUCGGUACUGCGCCGAGGUGAGGCCGAGCCAGGCCACGGUCAACCAAGUCGAUGAUAUCCUAUCUCUUCGAGACUCUUCACAUGCAGCCCGCAUUCUGAGAACUUCUGCAUUCAAUUUACAAACGCUUGUGGCCACUGGUCAGCUGCACUGUGCUUCCUACCCCGCACUAGGCAACUGCCAGUAUACAUCAGGGACUGAAGGAUUUCUGAGGCAUGGGAAAUCUGAUGUGGGAUCAGUGGAGAUGACAGAAACAUGCCCACUGCACCCAGAGGGGAAGCUGAGGAGAGCCUUCAGACCUGUCCUGAAGAGGUGAGGCUUGUUUAGACCAGAACGCUGUAAACCAAGUGGAUGCCGCACAACUCUUUUUAUUGUAUGCACUAGUGAUUGACAAUACACUGGAAAUGAGACAGGAUCCGUUUCUUCCGAGCACUGGCAUUGACUGUAAAACUGAUUCGCUUUGACUUAACCAGUGGCCAAUGAUCCCAUUCAAGAGAAAACAGAAAGGGCGCUUCCAAUGGGGUUUCCUUGCACGGACUUACUUGUUCUAACUCGGGAAAAAUGUACCAAGAAUCAGGGGAGGCCGUUGGGCUGUUCGACGAAAUAUACCUUACAAUAAUGAUGAAAGCACUUCACAUCUUGCCGCCCAGCGCUUUUAGUUUUCGAUUUAUUUUUACCGUUUUAAUUGGAGCACGCGUUGUUUGCAAUUUACUCUUUGAUUCAAAACUACUUUGCGUUUUAUACAGAUACGUACACUGGUUUACAUUAGAGUCCCACAUCGCCCCCACCUUCAACUCGCCCCACCCCCGCCACUUUAUUUAGUUUGUGCUGUGAAAUGGGAAUAAAUUACACUUGUCAAACCUGUGUAAUGUGAUAAUUGUAAAAAAAAACUGCAGACUCACGGUGACCUAUUUACAAACGAAGGUAUGAUUUAUGCAAUUAAAUUAAUCAUAUAAAUUG